AUGGUAACGCGCUCUGCACUGACUAUUUCGCUUCUUGUCGGUUCAACCUUCAAGAACCUGGCUUUCGGAACUUUGACGAAAGGAACCAAUCAUGACCUCGUCAUGAGACGCUACCUUGACUUUCACGGAAUCUCAGAGACAUCCAACAUUUCGUACUACGACUCUUUCUAUGACGCCGUCGCUGCGAUGAAGAACGACACCCUCGACUAUGUCAUGAUGAAUGCCGUGCAUCCUCAAGCUUCAUCAAUAGUUGGCAGCGACUUUCGCAACGUCUUUAUCAUCGACACAUUCAUCUCCCCUAGCAAGCCGCUUGUGGUGGCUACCAGGAAGGACGUUGCGGACCCACAAUCAAUCGGCAUCUUGUACCCUUCUGUCGCCAACUACACCGACACGAGCAAGUGGUCAGACGUUGUUCAGAUCACUUCCGGUGGACUGGUCCAAAUCGCGCAGGACCUUCUGAAUGGGAAAUAUGACUCUGCAAUCAUCUACCAGGACACGGCGCUGGCGAAUUCGGAUGUGCUGCAGAUUGACGAAGAGCUUGGCUCUCCCGACGACGCAUGGCUGCUUCUGGGCCGAAAUCGGACUUACACGAACAGUGUUCUGGCUUGGCCAAAUGCGCCUGUAACAUGGCAGUGGAAGAAGCAAUGGUAUUGA